AUGGGCGAUCCAGAACCCAUUGGGACGUCCACCCACACCCAAAACCUAAAGUUUACAGAGACAUUCACAGAUGUCUCAAACCCUUUUACUCUAUAUUCCUCAGAUCAACCUGGGAAUAUUCUGGCCUCCAAGACACUUCAAGGAGACAACUAUAGUACCUGGAGUCGUGCUAUGCGAGUCAGCUUGAGCGCGAAGAAUAAACUUGGCAUGGUUGAUGGCACCAUCGACCCUCCACCAGAGACUGACAAACAAUUUGCAUCAUGGCAAAGAUGCAAUGAUAUGGUCCUUGCCUGGAUUCUCAAUUCGGUCCACGAAGACAUUGCAAGCAGCGUUUCUUAUUACACGACAGCAGCCGAGGUUUGGGCCGACUUGCGAGAUCGUUUCUCACAAGGAAACGACUCACGUAUUUAUCAAAUCAAGAGAGAGAUCGUUGAGCACAGACAGGAACAGCAAUCAGUCUCGAUCUACUACACGAAACUAAAAGCUUUGUGGGAUGAACUGGCAUCUUACAAUGAAAUCCCGACUUGCACCUGUGGGGGAUUGAAAAAGGUGAGUAAUCGGGAUGAGAAAGAAAGGGUGAUGCAGUUCCUGAUGGGUUUGAACGACUCUUAUGCAGCAGUACGUGGCCAGAUACUAUUGAUGCAGCCACUACCAGACACUCGGAAGGCAUACUCCCUUGUUCACCAACAAGAGAAACAAGUAGAGGUAUCUCUGAAUGGUAACAAUAUAAAUUUACAUGCCAUGAAUGUAACUCAUAACAGGGAAGCUGCUGCACCGAAAGGAAACACCCUACAAUGUUCAUAUUGUGAUCAAAAAUACCACACCGUGGAUCGAUGCUUUUAUCUGAUUGGUUUCCCGCCUGGCCAUAAGUAUCAUGGCAAGUCAGCCAAGCCACCAAACAAAAGAAAACCUGCGGCAAACCAAGUGCAAGUGGAAACCGAGACCACCAAGGGCGCUGACUCACGACACAAGGCAACGUCCAGUGACGGUCCGAAGUUCACCACUGAAGAAUAUAAUCAACUCAUGGCAAUGCUCAAGAAGAGCAGCCUCGAUGGUAAUCCUCAACAUUUUGUGAAUGCAACAGGUACAAUCACACCUUCCUCUAACUUGUCAGAAGUCUUCCCAAAGAAAACCUUAUAUUGGAUCAUUGAUAGUGGGGCAACGGACCACAUCUCUUCCUCUCCUCACUUACUAGACAAGAAAUCAUUAUCCAUGCUAGAUUCUGUUCAAUUGCCGAAUGGAGGACAGGUUUUAAUAAACUCGAUCGGUUCUAUACAAGUUACCCCUCACAUUAAACUUGAUGGAGUGCUCCAUGUGCCUAACUUUCGAGUUUGCUUAUUAUCUGUUAGCAAACUUACUGCAGCAUUACGAUGCAUAGUGAUUUUCUUCCCUGGUUUUUGUGUAAUACAGGACAUGGAUACGAGGAGGACGAUUGGCCUGGGCAAGCGAUAUAAUGGGCUCUACUACUUGGCGCCAGAACAAAACCCUCGCCUUGCUCAUCACAUUAGCCGCAACUCCAUCCUCUGGCACCAACGGUUAGGGCACCCUUUCGCCGAGCCUCUGCAAACCUUAACCAAACAAGUUCCAACAAUAAUGUCUGAUUCUAGUCAUUUAUGUGACAUUUGCCCUCUUGCUAAACAAACCCGUUUAUCUUUUCCAUCAAGUUCUAUUUCUUCUAAAGCACAUUUUGAUUUAAUACAUUGUGAUAUUUGGGGCCCUCAUCGAGUCAAUUCCCAUUCGGGGGCUUGA